AUGAUGUCUUUUUCUUUAUUAUCAAUAGUUUCCAUUGCUUUAGCUGCUACCGUGAGUGCCACUUCAGACGGUACAAACGCAUAUACUGCUUACCCAAGUGUUGCUAAAACUGCAUCCAUAAACGGUUUCGCUGACAAAAUCUACGACCAAUUGCCAGAAUGUGCCAAAGAAUGUGUCAAGCAAAGUACUAGUAACACCCCAUGUCCAUACUGGGAUACUGGUUGUUUGUGUGUCAUGCCUCAAUUUGGUGGUGCUAUUGGUGACUGUGUUGCUAAAAACUGUAAGGGAAAAGAAGUUGAUUCUGUUGAAUCUUUGGCCACUUCCAUUUGUUCAUCUGCCGGUGUCGGGGAACCAUACUGGAUGAUCCCAUCAAGUGUUUCUGAUGCUUUGGCUAAGGCUGCAAAUGCUGCAUCUGCAACAACUUCAGUUGAAACAGCCACCAAAUCUGCGGCUGCUGAGCUUGCCACUACCUCCGACACCACUAUUGUUGCAUCUACUUCCCAUGAAAGCAAAGUAGCUGAAACAUCUGUUGCACAACAAACUGCUUCAACUGAGAAGUCCUCCGCAGCAGAAACUUCCAGAGCUAAAGAGACGUCAAAGGCUGAAGAAUCCUCUAAAGCUGAAGAAACUUCUGUUGCUCAAUCUUCUUCUUCUGCUAAUGUUGCUUCCGUGUCUGCUGAAACAGCCAACGCUGGUAACAUGCCAGUUAUUGCUAUUGGUGGUGUUAUUGCCGCAUUUGCUGCCUUAAUCUAA